CCAUUCACUAAUAUCUAUAUCUAAUAAAUAAGAAUAAAUAGAGCUCUUCAUAUUUAAUGGUCAACAUUUCUGUUUUAUUAUUCGUCACCUCCUAUUCUGUCUUCUCUUCUUUUCUCUUUUCUAUUUCUAACAAAAAAAAGAAUAACAGUUAUGGCUUCGAUUUUACAGGGUAUUGUACUCACAACCGUCAUACUUGUUUCAGGCACAGUUCUUUAUCUUGCUUAUAGUUAUAAUAAUAAGUGUUCUCCAUCAUCCUUCCGAGUUCCACAUGAUCACAAUUCAAAUAACAGUCCCACUAAACAGUUUUCACGCUCUUGCUUGUAUUCAGGGGAGAAAAAAAGGAAUAAGAAGAAGAGGGUAAAGUUUGCAGAGAAUGUGAUGGUGAAGGAAAUAAGAGAAGAAAAGAAAGAAGAAGAACAAAGGAAAAAGCAAAACAGAGAAAGAAGCAAAAAUUGCAUGAACCAAACAAAGAAAAUGCCAGCAAACAGAAUCGCUCUGUAUAACGGGAUUAUGAGAGAUCGAGGCAACAGAAUUGCUUGUUGACUUGUUGUUAAUGAUUCUUAUACAAUUUUCCUUUAGAUUUUCUUGUUUGAUCAUACCUUAAUAUUGAAAAGUUUAGGGGGUUAGAUCAAAGAUGUAGUUGUAGAAGGUGGAAACUUGCAUACUGUUCUUUAUUAUCAAUUUUAUAAAAAAAUAACUGCAUGCGAGUCUUUGCAAACACC